GAGGCGCGAUACUGGCGUGUGGCGCCCUGGCCUGUCUGGGGGGUGGUUGCUGGGUCUUGUGUGAGGAAGAAGAAGAAGAAGAAGAAGAAAGGGAGAAGCAGGCUCGGCCGUGGCUCUCCCCGGUGCUCGCCCCUCAGGGAAACCAAUAGAGAGCGGGGCGUCGAUUUGGGCCUGGUGGUGGCUCGCCUCCUCAGAGUUUCUCCUCAGCCGCCUGCUCUGCCUCUUUCAUCCCACUGAGCACAUUGUCUCCUCCCAGCCCCAUAUUGAAGGCCCCCUUCCAGGAACCCUUCUCUCCAUCCUCUUUUCUUCCCCUCUUCCCUUGCCUUUCUCCCCUCCCCACAGAGCCUGAGCCUUCUCCCUCCCUUCUGGUUUGGGAUCUCCUCCAGCCCAACCUCCAGACAAAGCCUACUCAUGGUGUGACUCCGGAGGAGAAGAGCCUUUUUGAAACGUCGGGGUCGUCGGAGAGGUCACAUUUUUCCUGGAAUUGCGCGGGAAAUUCAGAAGACUGAAGCCCAGGCUCACUGUCUACCUUUCACGGAGGCCGAGCCGUGAGAGGACAGAAGAAGGCACCUGGCGAAUCAUGACAGCGGACAAAGAGAAGGACAAGGAGAAAGAGAAGGAUCGGGACAGGGACCGGGACCGGGAGAGAGACAAGCGCGAGAAGGCCCGGGAGAGCGAGAACUCCCGGCCGCGGCGGAGCUGCACCCUGGAAGGCGGGGCCAAGAACUAUGCCGAGAGCGACCACAGCGAGGACGAGGACAAUGACAACAACAGUGCCACCACCGAGGAGUCCACCAAGAAGAACAAGAAGAAGCCUCCCAAGAAGAAAUCUCGCUACGAGAGGACAGACAACGGGGAAAUCACCUCCUUCAUCACGGAAGAUGACGUAGUCUACAGGCCCGGAGAUUGCGUUUACAUUGAGAGUCGCCGACCAAACACUCCAUACUUCAUCUGUAGCAUUCAAGACUUCAAAUUGAGUAAACGGGACCAUCUCCUCAUGAAUGUCAAAUGGUACUACCGUCAAUCCGAAGUUCCGGAUUCGGUCUAUCAGCACUUGGUUCAAGACCGGCACAACGAAAACGAUUCUGGGCGUGAGCUGGUGAUUACAGACCCAGUGAUCAAGAACAGAGAGCUUUUCAUUUCCGAUUAUGUUGACACCUAUCAUGCUGCUGCCCUCAGGGGGAAGUGUAACAUUUCCCAUUUCUCUGACAUCUUUGCUGCUAGAGAGUUUAAAGCCCGCGUGGACUCCUUUUUCUACAUUCUGGGCUACAAUCCAGAGACCAGGAGGUUGAACAGCACACAAGGAGAAAUCCGGGUUGGCCCUAGCCAUCAGGCCAAGCUUCCAGAGCUGCAGCCAUUCCCUUCCGGAGACGGAGACACCGUGACGCAGCACGAGGAGCUGGUAUGGAUGCCCGGCGUCAACGACUGCGACCUGCUCAUGUACUUGAGGGCAGCCCGGAGCAUGGCAGCCUUUGCAGGGAUGUGUGAUGGCGGAUCCACGGAAGACGGGUGCGUGGCGGCCUCCCGGGAUGACACUACUCUCAAUGCACUCAACACACUACACGAAAGUAACUAUGAUGCUGGCAAAGCCCUCCAACGCCUGGUGAAGAAGCCCGUGCCUAAGCUCAUCGAGAAGUGUUGGACGGAAGACGAAGUGAAACGGUUCAUUAAAGGCCUCCGACAGUAUGGAAAGAACUUCUUCCGGAUCCGAAAAGAGCUGCUUCCCAAUAAGGAGACUGGAGAACUGAUCACUUUCUAUUACUACUGGAAGAAAACCCCUGAAGCCGCCAGUUCUCGGGCGCACCGCAGGCACCGGCGGCAGGCUGUGUUUCGGAGAAUUAAAACACGGACGGCUUCCACUCCGGUUAACACGCCCUCCAGGCCUCCGUCCAGUGAAUUCUUGGAUUUGAGCUCUGCCAGUGAAGAUGACUUUGACAGCGAGGACAGCGAGCAGGAGCUGAAGGGUUACGCGUGUCGGCACUGCUUCACCACCACCUCCAAGGACUGGCACCACGGCGGGCGGGAAAACAUCUUGCUGUGCACAGACUGCCGCAUCCACUUCAAGAAGUACGGGGAGCUCCCGCCCAUCGAGAAGCCGGUGGACCCUCCCCCUUUUAUGUUUAAGCCUGUCAAAGAGGAAGAUGACGGACUCAGCGGGAAGCAUAGCAUGAGGACACGGCGGAGUCGAGGCUCGCAGAUGUCUGCACUACGAAGCGGUCGUAAAAAGCAGCCCAGCAGCCCUGAUGGUCGAGCCUCACCGAUCAACGAAGACAUUCGAUCCAGCGGCCGCAACUCUCCCAGUGCCGCCAGCACUUCGAGUAACGACAGCAAGGCCGACUCAGUGAAAAAGUCCACCAAACAGAAGAUCAAAGAAGAGGCGUCGUCUCCACUCAAGAGUUCCAAGAGACAACGAGAAAAGGCAGCUUCCGACACCGAGGAGCCCGACAGGAGCAAUGCCAAAAAAACCAAAACACAGGAAAUCAGCAGGCCCAAUUCCCCGUCGGAGGGUGAAGGGGAAGGGGAAAGCUCCGACAGCCGGAGCGUGAACGACGAGGGCAGCAGCGAUCCAAAAGACAUCGACCAGGACAACCGGAGCACCUCGCCCAGCAUCCCAAGCCCGCAAGACAACGAGAGUGACUCGGAUUCCUCCGCGCAGCAACAUGUGCUGCAGACCCCCAACGGUCCCGUCCCGCCCCCGGCUCCAGCGCUGCCUUUGCCUGUGCCGCUCCCGGCCACCUCAGCCGCCCCUUCCUCAGUUCUGCCCCACAUCCCCACCUCUGUAUCCCAGCCGCCCACCCAGCCGCAGACCCCGGUGCCGCCGCAUUCCCACAUCCAGCAGGCCCCCUCUCUUCAUCCCCAGAGGCUGCCUUCGCCCCAUCCGCCCCUGACGAUCCCCGCAAGCCAGCUCCAGGUUCCCGCCGUCUCUCAGCCUCACCCGCAGCCCCCGCUGCACGGGCAGAUCCCGGUCCUGCCGCACAAUCUCCAAGCCCAGACUCUGCUGCCUCACGCGGUGCCCACCCCGCCGUUCCCGCUCCCCUCGCAGUCCUCCGCAUCCUCCUCGUCGUCGUCUCAGUCUCAGGUCUCCCUGCAGCCACAGGCCACGUCCCUUCAGGUGCCACCCGCACAGCCGGCCCUGCAAGUGCCCUCCCCCAUGCAGCAGCCCCCGCGGGAGCAGCCCCUUCCUCCUGCUCCCAUGUCCAUGCCCCACAUCAAGCCGCCGCCCACCACCCCGAUUCCGCAGCUCCCCACGCCGCCCUCCCACAAGCACCUUUCCGGCCCGUCACCGUUCUCCAUGAACUCCAACCUGCCCCCGCCGCCGGCUCUGAAGCCUCUCAGUUCCCUCUCGACGCAUCACCCGCCGUCGGCUCACCCGCCUCCUCUGCAGCUCAUGCCACAGAGCCAGCCGCUCCAGCCUUCUCCCGCCCAGCCGCCCGUCCUGACGCAAAGCCAGAGCCUGCCUCCCUCCGCCGGCCUGCAUCCGGUGCCGCCUCAGCCCCCCUUCUCCCAGCACCCCUUCGUCCCCGGGGGUCCCCCGCCGGUCACUCCCCCCUCUUGCCCGUCCACCUCCACGCCGCCUUCCGUGCCUCCGCCCGCCGUCUCCACGCCUGCGUCCUGCAGUGGGAACGUCCCUGCCGUCACCGCCUGCACGAUACCACCCAUUCAGAUCAAAGAGGAGGCUCCGGACGAAGCGGAGGAACCGGAGAGCCCGCCUCCGCCGCCCAGGAGUCCAUCGCCAGAGCCGACGGUCGUGGAUACGCCAAGCCAUGCCAGCCAGUCAGCAAGGUUUUACAAGCACCUGGACCGCGGCUACAACUCCUGCGCCAGGACGGACCUGUACUUCAUGCCGCUCGCGGGCUCCAAGCUGGCGAAGAAGCGCGAGGAGGCCAUCGAGAAGGCCAAGAGGGAGGCAGAGCAGAAGGCAAGAGAAGAGAGGGAACGGGAAAAAGAGAAGGAAAAGGAGAGGGAGAGAGAGCGGGAGCGUGAGAGAGAAGCAGAAAGAGCGGCGAAAGCGCCCAGUUCCUCCCACGAAGGCCGCCUUGGGGAAUCCCAGCUGAGUGGGCCCGCUCACAUGCGACCGUCCUUCGAACCGCCUCCCACCACGAUCGCCGCCGUGCCCCCUUACAUCGGCCCCGACACGCCGGCCCUACGGACUCUCAGCGAGUACGCCCGCCCCCACGUCAUGUCCCCCACCAACCGCAACCACCCCUUCUUUGUCCCGCUCAACCCCACCGACCCGCUUUUGGCCUACCACAUGCCCGGCCUUUACAACGUGGACCCCACCAUCCGGGAGCGGGAGCUGCGCGAACGGGAGAUCCGGGAGCGGGAGAUCCGGGAGCGGGAGCUGCGGGAGAGGAUGAAGCCGGGCUUCGAGGUGAAGCCGCCGGAGCUGGACGCCCUGCACCCGGCCACCAACCCCAUGGAGCACUUUGCCCGCCACGGCGCCCUCACCAUCCCGCCCACGGCAGGCCCGCACCCCUUUGCUUCCUUCCACCCGGGGCUGAACCCCCUGGAACGGGAGAGACUCGCUCUGGCCGGACCCCAGUUGCGGCCUGAUAUGAGCUAUCCGGACAGACUGGCCGCCGAGCGGAUCCACGCCGAGCGGAUGGCCUCGCUCACCAACGACCCCUUGGCCAGGCUCCAGAUGUUCAACGUGACGCCCCAUCACCACCAACAUUCACACAUACAUUCGCAUCUACACCUCCAUCAGCAGGACCCGCUGCAUCAAGACUGUCUGGCAACCCGAUGUCACUGCAGGCACUACAGGCAGAGAAGCUCGGCCGGACCCGUCCAUCCCCUCGUGGACCCCUUGGCCGCCGGACCCCACUUGGCACGCUUCCCCUAUCCUCCUGGUACUAUCCCAAACCCAUUGCUAGGGCAGCCGCCCCACGAGCACGAAAUGCUCCGGCACCCCGUCUUCGCAUCCUGUUUCCAUCAGAGGCCAGCCCAGAUGCCUCUGGGAAGCCCACACGCAGGGCGGGAUGGGAACAGCCCUCCCCCAGUAUUGCUCCCCACCAACUGGUUCGCAGAGGCGGCCGGCUUCUGUAGAUGUACCCCCUACCCACGCGAGCUCCCCGGUGCCAUCCCGCCUCCCAUGUCCGCCGCCCACCAGUUACAGGCCAUGCAUGCCCAGUCUGCGGAGCUUCAGAGACUAGCGAUGGAGCAGCAGUGGCUUCACGGUCACCCUCACAUGCAUGGAGGACACCUCCCCAGCCAAGAAGACUAUUACAGUCGACUGAAGAAAGAAGGCGACAAGCAGUUGUAAUAAAUUAUUUAUUUGUAUUGCUGGCUCCAGAAGAUCCCAAGCCUUGGGCGGAAAAAGGAAUGUGUUUGUGCACGGGAGAACUGAGGAGAGCAAGAAAAUUGUCUUCUAAAGAUACCUUUCUCUGUUCCAAAAUAGAAGCAAGCCCGGCAAGCCACAGACUUUUAAUCAGCACAUAUAUUAUAGUAUUAAUUUGUAGAGAAGAUUUCUCAAGACCAGUUCAGGAAUCGCCUUGCAUGACAUUAAAACAAAAACUAUUCAGAAGCCUAUCGAAAGAAUAGCAACACAGGACUGACUGGAUGGAAUAUUCCGAGAAUCUUUCUCGGGCAAAAUCUUUGGGGAUGGAGGUUGAUUUGUUCUCUUGGGGGCUUCGUUUUUAUUUUUUCAUUUUUUUUUGAGUAGGUGCUAGAAUCAGGUUCACAACUUAAUGCAAGCCACUGUGCAUAAAAAAAACACUCAAUUUAUAUAUAUAUAUACUUAAAAAAGAGAGAAAGAAGCAAGAGUUGCAAGUAGGUGGCAUAACAACCUCUGAAAAAAAAAUCCAAGUGCUAUAACCAGAAUUUUAAAAGAAAAGAAAAAAAUCUACUUUUAUUUUAAUACAUUGUAGGAAAACGUCAUAAUUUUAAAGAGAGCUUUGCAGCAUGGCUUUUUAAGUCUGUACAUAACUUUUUUGGGGUUAGGGCUUAAAAUAAAUAAAUACUAUACUCUCCGCCAAUCCCUUUUCUUGCCAUUCCCUUCCGUAACAUCACGCCAUGGUCCCUUCCUUCUUGGUGUUGACAAGAAUACAGAGUUGAUUUUUUAAUAUAAGAGGAAUAUAUAUAAUUAUCCCUUUAAUUAAAGGGGACAGACAGCCGCAAGGGGGUGGGGAGGGGUUCAGUAAUUUCGCAGUGGGCAAGAGCUUGACUUUAUGGUUCGGUAGCAACAUAAUAAGCAUUAAAAGGAGUUGCAGGGAUUAAAAAAAAAGUUGUUUUUUUUUCCUCCCGUGCGUUAUGUGUGUGUUGUCCUUUUAUAAUUUAAUUCCUUUGUUCCAUGAAUUUCAGAAUUGUUUGCCGUUCCGGUGGCUGGUUUGGUUCUGUUUCGGUUGCCCGGUCGCUGCGUGUGCAGUCAAAAGUUUUCACGUUCUCUUCCACUACGAGCACUUUUCUUUGAAGCAAAAGUUGUUAUGGUUUUCACAGCUUUCAGGCUCUCCAAAGAGUCAAGGCCAGUGGUUCUCAACCUGUGCAUUCCCAAGUGUUUUGGCCUUUAAUUCUCAGAAAUUCCUGAGAGUUAGGGUUUCUGGGAGUUGAAGGCCAAAACAUUUGGGGACCCACAGGUUGAGAACCACUGGUUGAGGCAAUUGUUAGUUCUGUUUUGAAAAAUUGCGAUGUUUUCUAUGCUAAGGAAAAAUUAUAUCUUGAAAAAACUUCCCCUAAAUUUCAAUUUUCAAGACAUGGUAAUGUGGAAGCUUUCCUUCCUUCUUUCCUUCUUUCUUUCCUUCCUUCCUUCUUUCCUUCGUUCGUUCGUUCGUUCCCAUCUAUUACCGACACUAUUUUUGUGAACGUUUCCUCAUUCUUCCAGGAUGUGUGUAUGUGGAGAGCCAUUGCCCUAUAUCGGAGCCCACUCUGCAAGGCAUACAGAGAGAACGCUGUGGUUAGGGUGCGGUUAGGGUGCAUUGACUUUUUAGCAGGCUGUGAGCAACCCAUUCAUAAUAAGUAACCCGGGUAUACUCUGAGCAUGUGCAGAUCUCAAUCUUGCCCUUGCCGACUCUGGUCCGUUUGGGACGAAUCAGUGCGGAGUUGUGAGAACCAAACCGCAAAGCUUAAAAUUAGGCGAAAUUAUGAAUAUGAUAUUUGCUUUGUCCUGUUGACUAUCUCGACCACAUUUCUCAGGCCAUAGGAUUGCCAGCUUAAACACUAGAUCAAGCUCUUUCGUAGACGAGGGAAUUUGCUUGUCACCUGGUUGUGCGGUUGUGCCGAAACACAGGAACGUACGCUUGAACUUGCUUUGUCCUGUUGACUGUGUUUCGAGCCCACGUUUCAGUAGAGGCACCUCCGUACUUCUCAGGCCGUAGGAUUGCCAGUUUGAAAACUAAAGAAAGCUCUUUCAUAGACGAGAGAAAUUGGUUGUCACCUGGUUGUGCGGCGAACAAAACGGCUGGCGAAACACACCAACGUAUAUAUGAACUUGCUUUGUCUUGUUGAUUGUGUUUCGAGGCUGCGUUUGAUUCAGAGGCACUUCUGCACUUCUCAGGCCCUAGGAUUGCCAGCUUGAAAACUAGAUAAAGCUCUUUCGUAGACGAGGGAAAUUGCUUGUCACCUGGUUGUGCGGUUGUGCCGAAACACAGCAACGUGCAUAUGAACUUGCUUUGUCCUGUUGACUGUGUUUCGAGGCCGCGUUUGAUUCAGAGGCAUCUCUACACUUCUCAGGCCGUAGGAUUGCCAGCUUGAAAACUAGAUAAAGCUCUUUCGUAGACGAGGGAAAUUGCUUGUCACCUGGUUGUGCCGAAACACAGCAACGGGCAUAUGAACUUGCUUUGUCCUGUUGACUGUGUUUCGAGGCCGCGUUUGAUUCAGAGGCAUCUCUACACUUCUCAGGCCGUAGGAUUGCCAGCUUGAAAACUAGAUAAAGCUCUUUCGUAGACGAGGGAAAUUGCUUGUCACCUGGUUGUGCGGUUGUGCCGAAACACAGCAACGUGCAUAUGAACUUGCUUUGUCCUGUUGACUGUGUUUCGAGGCCGCGUUUGAUUCAGAGGCAUCUCUACACUUCUCAGGCCGUAGGAUUGCCAGCUUGAAAACUAGAUAAAGCUCUUUCGUAGACGAGGGAAUUUGCUUGUCACCUGGUUGUGCGGUUGUGCCGAAACACAGCAACGUGCAUAUGAACUUGCUUUGUCCUGUUGACUGUGUUUCGAGGCCACGUUUCAGUAGAGGCACCUCCACAUUUCUCAGGUCCUAGGAUUGCCAGCUUGAAAACUAGAUAAAGCUCUUUCAUAGACGAGGGAAAUUGGUUGUCACCUGGUUGUGCGACAAGCGAAACGGCUUCCGAAACACACCAACGUACAUAUGAACUUGCUUUGUCCUGUUGACUGUGUUUCGAGGUUUCAAUAAGAGCCACCUUUGCACUUCUCGGGUCCUAGCAUUGUCAGCUUGAAAACUAGAAAAAGCUCUUUCAUAGACGAGGGAAUUUGCUUGUCACCUGGUUGUGCGGUUGUGCCGAAACACAGCAACGUGCAUAUGAACUUGCUUUGUCCUAUUGACUGUGUUUCGAGGUUUCAAUAAGAGCCACCUUUGUACUUCUCGGGUCCUAGGAUUCUCAGCUUGAAAACUAGAGAAAGCUCUUUUGUAGAAGAGGGAAUUUGCUUGUCACCUAGUUGUGCGGCGAGUGAAACGGCUUCCGAAACACACCAACAUACACAUGAAUUUGUUCUGUCCUGUUGACUGUUUUGAGGUUUCAAUAAGAGGCACCUCUGCACUUCUCAGAUCCUAGGAUUGUCGGCUUGAAAACUAGAAAAAGGUCUUUUGUAGAAGAGAGGGAAUUUUCUUGUCACCUGGUUGUGCGGUGAACGAAACGUAUCAAUGCACACAAUUAGUUUCAAUGUGGCAACUCUCUUAGUCCGUGACAACAAAACAGGCAACAGUCAAGAGUUAGGGUACAACGAGUUACACGCAUGCCGUUUGUUCACAGAAUAGACUUGAAAAGCAACAUUAGCGACAGGGAUGUUCCGAACCCGUUCCCGCUCAUCUCGUGCCUUUUUGCGUUGCUUUGUUUUCGUUCAAAGCACAUCAAUAUCACUAUCGCCAUGAUACAAUUACAAUGAGAGAAAGCAGGGAGGGUGACUUGUUUCCUCUCCCUGCCCGAAUAAUGUUUCCUGUUUGUGCAUAAAUGAAUUUUCCGGCCAAAAUUACCAUUUAGUGUGGAUUAAUAUUCCGAAUCAUUGGCUCUUAGUUGCUGAGUACGAUGAUUAUUUACCGGCCUCUGAAAUCACCUUUAUUUCUGUUAGACUCGUUCAAUCUUAACAGAUACUUUUUUCGACUUCUACCAUUCAUUUUAUUUUUGCUUUGUAUGUGUGUGUUUUUUUCUUUCUAACCCAACGGUCAUCUCGUUCCGUGUCGUCAUGGUUUUGAAGCUCGUUUUGCCGCGCCGUUUCGAAAAAAGGAUCGACAUCCUGACAGCUACGUUUAUAUAUAUCUUGAGGCUUAAUGUACAUAAUGAGUAGUUUGCCAUGGGAUAACACAGUGUAAAACAGAGUAGAAAACCCAGAAAUCGUGACUUCUGUGUUCUCUCCAUUUUGAGUAUUUUGUAAUUUUUUUGAAAUAUUUGUGGACAUAAAUAAAAACCAAGCUACACUA